CAUAAAUUAUUAUUUAUCUACAUUGUUUAGUGCACCACAUUUGAAAAAUUGAUUUAUUUGGUAUGUUGUAAAUUAUCAAGAAAGGGUUCGGAAUGACUGCAACAUACACCGAAAUCAUUUUAGCUAGUUGUAUCUUAAUCCUCCCGUUUCUUUAUGAAGCAAGUUCGGUUUUUAGAUACCACCUGAAAUUUUUCCUUUAUUAUGCCUUGGUGAUGGUUAAUUCUGUUAUUCUCAUCCCUGUGUACUGUUUUAUGCCUGGGAACGUGAGGAAUCUUCUAUUAGCUAGUGAUUUUUGCCGAUGGAUUACCACUCUUCUCGGCAUACGAUGGGUGCUGCGAGGGAAAGAAAAUUUGGAGAAGGAUCAGGCGUGUAUCGUCGUUUCGAACCACCAAAGUUCUUUAGAUAUUAUGGGCAUGUUUCAAUUUUGGCGGGUGAUGGACAAAUGCACCGUCAUCGCCAAAAAGGAGCUACUUUAUACCGGACCUUUUGGCCUGGCGGCUUAUUUGUGCGGUCUCAUUUUCAUACCUCGGGUGCACGCCGAGAGAGCAAAGACCAUCAUGAACGAAGCUGCUCAAAAAAUUAAGACUGAUAAGGUUAAAUUAUGGGUAUUUCCAGAAGGCACUCGACGAAAUGACGGGACGAUUCACCCUUUCAAAAAGGGCGCAUUCCACAUGGCCAUAACAAAUAAGUUACCUAUUGUGCCAGUGGUAUAUUCCAGGUACUACUUCUUAGAUAAGGAUAUCAAAAGAUUUGAUCACGGAAAGGUAAUUGUGACAGCCUUACCUCAAAUCGACACUGCAGACUUAACGAUCGACGACUUGGAGGACCUGAUGGAAAGAACGAGAGCUCUAAUGCAAUCGGCCUUCAACGAAGCCAGCAAAGAAGUGAUUGACGGAUACAUUCCCAACUCUAGUCAGAAAGUAACAUGAGAUUUACACGAUUGUCUCGAGCCUACAGGUAUAGGUAGCUAGUUUUUACGUUUUUUCGGAAAACUUCAGCACUUUUUAGUUUAGUGACCAGGAUUUGUACUAGGGCAGUCCGAUAAGUACUUAGCAUUAGCAUUCAAAGAAAAACGAAAAUUUUGGAAAAAUGGCGAUUUAUUUCUGAACGUAGUCUCCUUUUGACUUUAUACUCUUAACCCAGCGAUGCUCCACCUUCUUUAACCCGUCUGCAAACCUUUUUUCUCGAACUUCUGCAAAGUAGGCUUCCGUGGCGGUGAUAAACUCUUCAUUUUACUUAAAUUUCAGUCCUGCGAGUGAUUUUCUGGAAAUAAAAAGAAGUCGUACAGGGCCAAAUCUGGAGAAUACGGUGGAUGUGACAGCAGUUCGUACCCCAAUUCGAGCAAUUUUUCCUUGGUGACGACGGUGAACCGGUGCGUUUUGAUAGUGGAAGAGUACCUACUUUUUUCUUCGACAAUUGGGGCUGUUUUUUCUGCAAUUCGGCGUCGAGUAAAACCCUAUGACUGGUUUGCCCUUUUCCAGAAAAUUGAUAUAGAUCGUACCUUGUGAAUCCCACAAAAUGAUGACCAUCACCUUUUCCGCCGAUUGGUCAGUCUUCGCCCUCUUCGGAGCACGUUCGGGGGCGACGUCUACUGUAUCGACUGUUCCUUGGUCUCCGGUGUGUACCAGUAGAACCAUGUUUCUUCGACGGUUAUGAAACAAAGUAGAAACUCCUUUAUAUCACGCUUAAACAGUCUCAGACACUUCUCUGAGUAGUCUCAUGGUUGCGUUUAUUGUCCGGAUUGAGCAAACGCGGCACCCAUCGCGCCGACAGCUUUCAUAACCAAAAGUCAUGUAAAAUAUGACACACGCGAUCUCUUGACAUGCCUACUGUCUUAGCUAUCUCGCGCAUAUUCAGUCGGUGGUCUGCCAAUACGAGAUCGUGGAUUUGUUUCACGUUUUUCUCUGUGGUAGGCGUUUUCUGGGCACUUGGGCGUGACUUAUCAAAUACCGACGUGCUAUCACGUUGAAACUCAUUAAACUAAUUUGUGAUAGUCAACAUCGAAGGAGAAGAGUCACUGUACACGACAUCCAAGCGCUCUUUGAUUUCGCUGCGGGAUUUCCCUUCCAAAAAUUUUUGCUCUUUUUCAUUUUUCUAAAAUUCACAGAUACGCCCGUUAACACACGCGUUUAAGACAAAACGACGAGUCCGAUUCGGCUGAGAUUUUGACACAGGCCCAGUGCCCAGUGUUGUUAACUCCGCAACUGAAUAUUUCCGUAGAGGGCGCUUCAAAAAUCCGUAGAAAUCCGUAGUGCAGAAAUUUGACAGAAAAUGACAGACCAAAAAAAAAAGAAGAAUAAUGACACUUGACAGACCAAAAAGAAGAAGAAUGACACUUGACAGACCAAAAUAGAAGAAGAAUGACAAUCGACAGACCAAAAAGAAGAAGAAUGGCACUUGACAGACCAAAAAAAGAAGAAGAAUGACACUUAAUAGACUAAAAAAGAAGAAGAAUGACAUUUUAAGAGUAAAAAAUCCCCAUUUUAGCUUCUUGAUGGCUGCAGCUGAAAAAUCCAGGCGCGCGACUUUUCCCUAACACGACUCUACCUUAUCGGCAGAGUCUACGAGUACGAGAAGUGUACGGUAAAUUGAAGGUGUAAUUACAAAGAAAGAAAUAUAUAAUGUCUUUGUACUCACUUUAUCACGCUUAAAGAAUUACGGGAUCUGGCCCUGGAUUCCGUGCACUGUAGAUAUCUACAUGUCGCUUUCUAUUGGUGUCAAUUUUCGUAAAAAUAUUUGAAUUUUAGCUUUAAUUGAAUUAUUUUCUAGUUUUGCUAGGUUAUACUCUAAUUGAUGCUGAAGUGAGACUUAGUAAAACAAGAAAAUAUUUGAAUUAAAACUAAAAAUUCAAAUAUAUUGACAUUAAUAGAAAGCGAUAUGCGCAGUGUGAAUAUAUUUUAAUUUUUAGUUUUAAUUCAAAUAUUUUCUUGUUUUACUAAGUCUCACUUCAGCAUCAAUUAGAGUAUAACCUAGCAAAACUAGAAAAUAAUUCAAUUAAAGCUAAAAUUCAAAUAUUUUUACGAAAAUUGACAUCGAUAGAAAGCGACAUGUAGAUAUCUACAGUGCACGGAAUCCAGGCCCUGGAUUUCAAUGCAUAUUUUUUUUAAUAAUUCUCGUAUCAAAGUUACGCGUCAAGUUAGUCGUAUUGAUGACAGUUGGGGAAACGUCCGCGACCCGAAAAAUCCGUAGCAAUGUGGUCGAUAUCCGAAAAUCCAAAAUAAUUUCGAAAAUCCGUAAAUCUACGGAAAAUCCGUAGGGUUAACAACACUGCACAGGCCGUCUACGGGAGGAGACGUUAAUUUGUCCAAUUCGUUCCUCUAUUUGCGCAUGUGCAAGCAAUGUCAUAUAAAGGAAUCUUUUAUUUUGACAAUUGACAUUAAAUAUUUUUGUAAAUUUGUAAAAAAUUAUAAAAAUAACUUUUAAAAUGUGCUGAAAUUCUGUAUAAAAUCUGCUGUUACCUGUAAUGUAGAUAAAAAGUAAAAUAAGAUCAUGGAAAAGAGUAAAACGUUGACUUUAAUUAGUAUUUUGUCAUUUAAAGAACAGAACAACAUAGAACAUAACCGAUAAUAAUCAUCCUGCAAUAUAGAAGUACAUUUAGAAAUAAAUACUCUAUUUUAGGAGUUGUUAAAUACUUGUGCAUAUUAUGGGUAUAUAAAAUGGGGAAUUUAUGGACAAUGUAUUGCUAUCCAGUUCUCAACUACAGCAGUUGAAGUGCUUCCAUUAUAAAUAUUGCUUGUUAUUGAAAGAUUUGGUAUUUUGAAGAGAUUUUUCAUAUUGAUAUGUGAAAUGAGAUGCAAUGCAAGAAAUCUUUUGUUCAAAGAAUAUCAGCUUUACAAAUAUUGCAGUUGUUUAGAGAAAACAUUGAAAUACUGGCAACUGAGCCUGCGGUUAUUUAAUGGAACAAGCUGUGGCAGUACAUUUUUAACUAGGAGAAAAUCUAGUGCAAAUAUUUAUGUGUGUGUUUGUUUGUUUUAAAAUUUUGCCAUUUAAGGCAAAUACAGUAAAAAUUCCGUUAACCGAAAUGUCUUGACAGUUUAAAUAAUUUUGUCAAUAAAAAGUAAAUUAAACAGCAAUAAAAUUAAGCAAAUUGAACAUGUUUAGAGUGUUUUUUUUUAGGAAUCUUCUAUUUUCUUUUGUGUUUCCCUUCGACAACGAUGUUUUGUAGCUCUAUCUCUCCAAUACUAUGUAAUUUGAUAAAAGGAGAAUACAAAAAACAAUGUUAUUUUUAACCGAAAUUCUUGUUAUCCGAAACAGCCUCCCCCUCAAUUAUUUCGAUUAAUGGAGGUUUUACUGUAAAUGGCUAAUGUUGAUAAUAUAUUAUUUUUCUUGGAUUGCAGUUUGUUAAUAAAUUUAUAAAUAUGUACAUACAUGA